UCACCUGGUGCGUCGAACCAGAGUGGCAGCCUUUCUAACGUCUGUUUUAUUUUGUAAAGAAAAGAGGAUUUUAACGUGAUAUUAUAGCCUUUUUACCCGGUUUUCACUUGUUUAUAGUGUUUGGAGAGCUCUCUGACAACGAUACUCAGUGUUUGUCUGGAUGCUGAGCGAUAAAUACGCCUAAAUAAGACCUUUUAUCGUGUUAACUGACGGUAAAAGUUAAAGAGGAGAAAGCGACGACAGAGAGACGUUGAUAAACAAUGAGGGAAACAGCCAGCAGCUAGACGAACAAGUUUUUUUGCAUAAUGGGGAAAUGACUAGAAGAGGUUUGUCAUUAAAAUGGCAUUAGGACAGCGAGACUCCAUCCAGUAUCCAUCAGCACUCGCUAAAGGAGAUUAUUCUAUGGUUUAAGAUUCCUUACCAGGAAGCUUUGGGACCUUAAAAACGGAUAUAUGUAACCCCAGAAAGAACACCAUCUUCAUCAUCGUGAUCUAUUUUUAUAUCUUUUUAGCUGUAGGAGUGGAUUCAAAACAGAGGAACUGGAACAGUCUCAAAAUUGCCUGAUUCUUUUGCUGUUUUAAUUAAUUUAAUCUCUCAUGCAGACAAGGGUGUAAGUUCUCCCUCCUGCAUAGACAUAAACAACAUCUGACAAGGAAAAGACAAAGAAGUAAACACUAUCCGUGUGUGUUUUUGUCAUGUAAACAAGCAGACAGAGAGACAGACAGCCAGAAAUAGCAAAGUGACAAGUUGAUAGACGGUGAGAUUCCUCACACUCACACAGGUCACAAUGCCAGACAAGUCGCAAGGUUUUCAGGAAAAGGGGAGGACUGGAGAAGAAGCGCCACAGGUGUGUUUAGUGCCGGACAUUGUGGUCAUCUCAUGUCAUGGAGAGGGAAAAAUCACAGACAAUAUCCUGGAGCUUGACGACUUCAGUCCAAAAAAAGUAAAACAAUCAGCGCAAAGCGGUGAUAUUAACAUUUUGCAAGGAAAUGACAGCUCAAACGACGCCAAAUUAAAUGCAAACAAUCCUACUGUCGGGAGCAAAUCAGGACUCAGUGAAUCCCAGGUUUCCAUACAGGUCGGUGUGGCUAAAACAGCGCAGGUUCCUGAACCUCUUGAGGCCAAUACUUUGUUGAAGGGAACAGGUGUGACCCUGCAGGCUACGGAUCAUGAUGCCUCGUUCAACUCAUCCUCUGAUCAGCCACAAACUGACAAAAAUAUCUCAUCGCAAACAAACGGCUGCAGUGACUCUGACUACAGCAGCUCAAGAUCCAGCCCUGGCUGCACUAGUUUAAGCAAAGAGCUCUUUGACGAAGAGCUAUCUGAGGUCAAGGGAUGCUCCUUUGAAAGGACGAAACCUGUCAAAUUCUCUGAACCCAGCUUUGACACUUAUGACAAAAACAUCAAAUAUAGUCCAGACGAUGAUAUCUGCAAUUCCAAAACAGACUCUAAACCAACAGCAGAAAAGGCACUCAGCUGCUUUACGCGCUCAUUCUCUGACGUUUCAUCCAAAGUCGCCCGAACAAAGGACAGCAUCGAUGUCGGGUGGGACGACCACUACAGAGACGAGGAGGACAGAGACGAGGACAGGCGGAGCACCCGGUCAAGGCAGAGUGUGAAAGAGGGGAUGUGCUGCUGCUACCAGGCGUUCCACAGGGCUUUUCUGCAAUGCGUGGAGGAGACUCCGGCUAUGCUGACUGGACUGGUGCUGUCGUUGGCCUUCUGUGUGGUCCUCAUCGUGCUCAUUCCCACUACAGGAAGGAACGUGACUGUCCAUGUAGCUGCUCUAGCGGUGUUGUGCGUGGUUCUCUGUCUGAGCGCCAUCCUGCUCGUCUGCCUGCCCUGGCUGGCAACGGUGAGGCGCUGCGGAGGAGCCCUGGCCCUCUUCGUCUGGGGGACGCUGUACGUCAUUGCCAUAGUCUUCAUCUUCACUGGAGGACCGGUCACUGCGUGGGAACAGGUGGCAUUUUUCCUCUUCCUCACUCUGAGUGUGUACACAGUGCUGCCUCUCUCCAUGGCCUGGGCCCUCAUGGUCGGGAUUUGGACCAGCCUUUCGCACAUCAUCAUCAUCAGCGUCUACGUCCCCGUCACAAACCCAGACACACCGGACCUGGCUGUGCAGCUGGUGGCGAAUGCAAUUCUGUUUGUGUGCGUGAACUGCAUCGGGAUUUUCCAUCUGUGGACGACCGAGAGGGACCUCAGGAUAUCCAAUCAGAAGAGAGAAGAGUUCAGCGCCAUACGCUCCCGGAAGGAAAUAAGGAAAUAUCAGCAGGAGCAGCUCCUCCUGUCGGUGUUGCCGCGGUACAUCGCCAUGGAGCUGAAAACGGAGGUGAUAAAGAAGCUCUUCAAGCAGAAGACAGUUGAGGAGAGUGAAUCCAACACCCACAACUUCCACAGCCUCUACGUACGGAAGCACAAGGAUGUCAGCAUCCUGUAUGCAGACAUUGUGGGCUUCACAAAGCUAGCGAGUAGCUGCACGCCAGAAGAGCUGGUCGCUGUGCUCAACAAGGUCUUUGGCAGAUUUGAUGACAUCGCCAAGAAGAAUGGGUGUCUUCGCAUUAAGAUCCUGGGUGACUGCUACUACUGUGUAUCUGGUCUGCCUGACCCCAUUCCCACCCACGCCAAGAACUGUGUUCAGAUGGGGCUGGACAUGUGCACUGCCAUCAGUAAACUGCGAGAGGCGACGGGGGUCGAGAUCAGCAUGCGGGUUGGUGUUCACAGUGGCAACGUGCUCUGCGGCGUGAUCGGCUUGCAGAAGUGGCAGUACGACGUGUGGUCACACGAUGUCACGUUAGCAAACCACAUGGAGUCUGGAGGCAUUCCUGGGCGAGUCCAUAUCACAGAGGAGACGAUGCUGAACUUGAACGGAGCGUUUGAUCUGGAGAAAGGGGACGGGGGGAGUCGGGAUCCUCUUCUUGAAGGAAGAAACACCUACCUGGUGAUUGACCCCAACCAGCCAGACAGCAUUUCCAGGAGACCUAAAUCGUCGAACACUCUGAAAACGGGAGAGACCAGGCAGCGGGCGUCGAUGCGGAUGUCUCAGUACCUGCAGUCCUGGCGGAACAUCCAACCCUUCGCAGACCUGAACAACCCUGACGCCACGCCCUCCAAGAAGCCAAUUGUUCCCUGCAACGUCGCCAUGAACCAACCACAGCUGUCUGCGGAACGACCACCUUGCCAGAGCAACCCCAACUGUUUGGUUGUGGAUAAUGGUGUUAGAGGAUCUCUGGACACGCUGGACAAUAAAGGGAGGAGAGCAAAGAAGCUCAACUGUUUGACUCUGCUGUUCAAUGACCUGAGCCUGGAGAGAGAGUUCCGCUUUUCAGAGGUGAAGGGUUUACACCACUCAAUGAGCUGCCUGGCUCUGAUCUUCGUUACUCUUUUCGCCGUCCAGAUGCUCGUUUCCAAAAAUAACUUUCAGAUGGCGGUGUCGUACGGUGCCACCUUCCCUGUGCUGGUGCUGCUUCUGUCCAUCGUUUUCACUGGAAAGUUGAAGAAGUGGCGUUCCAAGAUGCCGUUGAGUGUUCAGUGGAUCUCGGGGCUCUCCCGUGGCGUCUCAAACAAGGCGGCGCUGCGACUGUUCGUGGUCAUUCUCUGUGUGCUCAUCACCCUGGUGAUGGCCAUCCUCAACUUUUUCUUCCUCCCAGGAAACAAUUGCGACGCGAAUGCCAACAAGACAGAGCUAGAGAGUCUCAAACUCUACACUGUGCCUUACUACCUGUACUGCUGCCUGCUGGCCAUGCUGGGGGUGAUCGUGUUCGUGAAGACGUGCUUGUCGGUGAAGGCCCUGCUGCUCACGCUGGCUGUGGUGGUUUACCUGGCCCUCUUCAUCCACGUCUACGCCCAGAGGUCCUACUGCCUCGUCGGGCUGCUUUACAACGACACCAAGCCGGGAGUGCUGAAGGACCCUCAGAUCAUGUCCGGGGUUUGGCUGGUCAUCUUUUACAUCGUAUGCCUCAUACAGGCCAGACAGGACGAGCUAAGUUGCCGUGUAGACUUCCUGUUGGAUCGCUGCUUCACGACGGAGAGAGAGGAGAUGGAGACCAUGGAGAACGUCAACAAGCUCCUCCUUCAGAACGUCCUGCCGCUCCAUGUCGCCGCCAACUUCAUGGGCAAAACUAUUCGCAACCAGGACCUGUACAGUCAGUCCUAUGACUGUGUGUGUGUCAUGUUUGCCUCGGUGCCCCAGUUCAAAGAGUUCUACAGCGAAAGCAUCGAGAACAGGGACGGGCUGGAGUGUCUGCGCUUCCUCAAUGAGAUUAUAUCAGACUUUGAUGAGCUCCUCUCUAAGCCCAAAUUCUGUUCAGUGGAGAAGAUUAAGACGAUCGGCAGUACGUACAUGGCUGCUGCAGGGCUGAGACACGCACCUCAAGGGGACAAACAAAAGAAAGUUGAGAUGUCGUACACCCACGUGCGCUCCAUGGUGGAGUUUGCCAUCGCUCUGAUGAACAAACUGGAGUUUAUCAACACACACUCUUUCAACAGCUUCAAACUCAGGAUCGGAAUAAACCACGGCCCAGUGAUUGCAGGAGUGAUUGGAGCUCAUAAGCCUCAGUAUGAUAUCUGGGGGAACUCUGUUAACGUGGCCAGCAGGAUGGACAGCACAGGAGUGUUGGACAAGAUACAGGUGACGGAGGAGACAGCCGAGGUGGUCGAGAGCGUGGGAUACAACGUCACUCUCAGAGGAGUAAUCAACGUCAAGGGCAAAGGGGAACUGACCACCUACUUUAUUAACAGGGACCAGUCGGCUCCUCAGAUCUGACCUGUCAGAUACUGGACAGACUUAUCACUCAGACCUGUUUUAAUGAACCUGGCGCACCAGAUUCGAUGGUCUAACCUGGCACUAUCUGUAUUCAUCAUGAACAUCUGCACUGAUUAAUGUUGAAACGAAGAUGUGGACAUGCAGAUUUACACCUACAAAGGAGCUGCCUUUGUCUUUGGGAUGAGACACUAAAUAAAAUCCUGAACUGUUAAAUGAAGACUACAACUGGCACUGAAAGCAGAGAGCUUUCUAUUCAUGGACCAUUUAAUGGCAGACCACGUUGCUUAAUGUAUCUGUACUGCAUCUGGUGGGUCAAGUCUUCCCAUCACACACUUUUCACUGUAUUAUUCUGAGAUGAUAUCUGAAAUGAUGCUUUUUAUUUUGGUGCACGGCUGAAUCUCAGGCACUGUCCAACAGUGUUCAUGCACGAUUAAUUUAUUGUAAAAACACGGUAUCCAUCUAAGAUGUACCAAAGAUUACAGUUGUUUUAUGAAGGAUUUUAUAGAGGUAGCUUCUGCCUCGAAUAAGCAAAAUAACAUGGAUGUUAUUUACAAUUUUCUCCACUCCAUUGUGGUUUUAUUAAGUUACAAAACAGCAUUUACGUUUUUUUUUUCCAAGUUUUAAAUGUUUCAUGUUAGAGUUUUUUGGUAUAAAACAGCCUGUGUCUUUAAAAUGUGGCAGACAAUUUGUGUACUUGAUACCAGUUCCCAACAUCCAAGGGGUGACGAGAUAAAUCUGAGGGCUCAUGAGAUGAUUCACAGCAAGAAGAAAGAAGAAAAAACACAAGAUUUGUACUGUAUGGAAUGUCUUUUCUAUAAUCUGUGUAUUUAUUGUGAAAUCCUGGAGAGUUUUACAUAUUUAGCCCAAUGAAAAUGAUUCAAACUCACUCAUAGUUUAAAGUUCUCUCACCCCAUAAACAUGUACAAGUACACACUGCUUUAUUUAAGGUGUCACAAACCAAAAGGAUUCACUAGUCAACGGUCUGAUUACUCACUGCUGGAGACGGAGAGAUUUACAGCCGCCAUCAUGGUUUUUUUCAUCACUACUGCCCAAAAACUGACACUUGAUGCUGCAACACAUCUGUAGGGACUACAGAUGUGAAUUAUCUUAAAGCUAUAAUCUGGUGCGGUGCAUCAAAUGGUGACAUUUAUGUUUUAAACUGUACAUGAUCCCUUUUAAAUAAAAUAAUAAAACAAAAUAACACAUCUGCACCCAUACAUAACGAUUGUGUUGUGCCAUGAAACGUCAGAUAAUGCACAUUUGACAUUGCACUUCCUAAUAUGUUGUAUUUUUUUUUUUUUAAAGGGAGUUCUGCAUUGCAAUCCAAAUGUUGAUUGCACACAGAAUAUUUCUCCUUUUCUUUUAAGUAAUGUUAUAUAUUUCUGUGAGGGAUGAAGUGUGAAUGUAAAAAAGAGCUUGUCCGAUAUAGGGAAAUAUUUUCUAUUCUAUUUAUAAACUAAUAAAAAAAAAAUACCA